AUGAAGCUUCUCAAUUGCUCUAGCCUACUGAUUGAGGAGUUCUCGGGGCUGUCUAUACCUGAAUCGUAUGCCAUCCUUUCCCACCGAUGGGAAGCCGAUCAUCAAGAGGCAACCUACCAAGAUUUUGGAAAGCCUGAUGUGAUAGCGCGCAAGAAAGGAUGGAAAAAGAUUCAGCAUUUCUGUCGACUUGCAUUGCAGCAAGGUUACAAAUAUGCAUGGGUUGAUACUUGUUGCAUCAACAAACAGGAUUUCACAGAGCUGACGGAAGCCAUCAAUUCGAUGUUCAAGUGGUACGCGCGAUCUUCAAUCUGCUAUGCGUACUUGUCAGAUGUGGGCAUUGACGGAGUUUCACUUCAACAUUCCCAAUGGUUCACUCGUGGAUGGACUUUGCAGGAGCUCAUCGCCCCCUCGCGAGUUGAAUUCUUCGAUAAGGACUGGAACUAUAUUGGAAGUCGAUCCGAUCUGUGCGACAUCAUCCAACAGCGCACAAACAUUGACAAGAGCAUACUCGUGGCAGGAAGCGGGAGAGUGGAAGGCCUUUUGACAACAAUACCUGUUGCCAGAAGAAUGUCUUGGGCAUCUGGGCGCAUGACCAAAAGGGAAGAAGAUUUGGCGUACUGUCUCUUGGGAGUUUUUGGAGUCAAGAUGCCGCUUCUAUCCAGCGAUCAAGGCCGCCGUCACCUCGGAAUUCUUCUCAGAGAUCAAGGUGGAAACGUCUUCCUCCGCUGGAAGACCGGCCGGCUCUGGAGUUUGGAGCACAGCGCACCGGGCAUCAAACACACGAUGUUCAUCAGCAAAUUCCUCGAGCCAGACGUGGCAGAGACGCUCGUUGGGGACAUGGACUCCAUCUACCGGAACGCCUUCUGCUUCCCGCCCACGCCGCCAGGGGUGGAGUUUGUCAAGGCCCAGCCCGACGGCAUGUGGAGCUCGUCCCGGCGCAUGUUUAUCACUCAGGGACUGGACACAUUUGACGGAUUCGUUCAGUACCGAACGUCUGGCGCGGCUGACCAGAACUUUAUCGUCGCGUGUGGUUUUACUGGCGGUGGUGCGAAUCCUUGGGUGUGUCUUGCAGCUAACAAAAAUGAGACGAAGCACAUUUUCCAAACUGCAAUGAGCGGUGAUUUGAUGAAGUUGCGCAAGCUUGGCAGCGAGCGUGGGGUUAUGAAAACGAAGAUUACGUUUGGUAUGAGUAGGCGGGUUGAGGAUAGACCGGUCGUGUUAAGCCUGGGGAUGGAGACGAGGAUGUUAGAAGGGCAACCUGUGUUUUCCAUCUUCGUAGAUCAACGAACUGAUUGGGGGGAUCUGUGCUCAGUAAUGUGA